AAUGUGCAAUCCGGCUGAUGUCAUAGACCAGCCCCAAAGGAGUCUGAAUGCAACUCUGCUGUCCCCUGUGACUACCAGGGAGAUAUGAGAAGAAGGGGCGGGAGAAGAAUUGACUCCGGGCAGUUGUCUGUGUCUAGCCAGUUUUACUGUGACCCAGGGGAGAGUUUCUCUCAGUGUCUGCCUGAGGGAGAGAGCUGUGUGUCUGGCAGGAGGUUGCUGAAGGCCUGUCUCAGGCUCACAGGCGAGGCUGGAAUUCAUUCAAGGACAGGAGGCACUCAGAGAUCAGGACGAUGUUUCUGUGCAGCAGAUUCCUGUCUGGCUGAAACCGUGACUGAGGAUAUGAUCAAGUUUGUGGCGCUGCUGGACGGAGACCUAGUAAAGCUUGUGGAAGAGAAACCUGCUCAGGAAGAACUCCAUUUGUUGCAAAUAGUUCCAUGGAAUCAGUCCCAGUGUGUGGAGACUAGCUUGAACCAGCCAGGGUGGUCUAAGGGUUUGUUUGCGUGGAAGGCAGAGUUUUUGUCCAGUGCUUUGGGUGGGGAAGGGGCCUCUGAGCUUGCCGUAGCUGUGGAUAAUGCAGCUGUCUCACGGGUUAACUCUAAAUUGCAGCCCUCGAAAGAUUGCAAAGAACUGACCCAGUGUGCUCUCCUGGAUAAGAUCUGAGGUAUAAAUUGACCUGGGAACGGGACUGGUCCUUUAGGAUUGGAAGAACCUAUUCAAGACUGCUGAGAAACGGAAAUUGUAAGGCGGGAACUCUCAAGAAGAAGAGCAGGCCAGAGCUUGCAGGGACCUCUCCAGAGAAUUCUGAUGAAGUUUAAGAACAUAACAACAGACAUUCUAGGUCAGACCGUGUAGCUCACAGCCCUGUCUUCCGACUGUCAUGGGGGGUCUCCCCACGCAGGACUGGUAGCCAGGUAGGCCUGUUACCUGCACAGCCUGCCCCUGAAAGGAGAGCCAGGGCACUAGCUAGAGAUGGGGACUUUCUGAAGGCUCAGCAUGACUUGGAAUCCUGGGGGAAGAAAUGAAGAGAUGGCAUGCAAUGGGGGUGGGUGACGCUGGGCAGAAGAGGGAGGGUCUCUGGGCCUAGCUAUGUCAGAGGCAGUGAAGACGAUACCUGCCCCCUCCUACAGUUAGCCAUCUGGAGUUGGGGUGUCUGUGACAGGGCGUCCAGCGACACAGGCUGGAGGGGGAUAGGACUGAGCCCAUAGCCAGCACCUGGAGGAAGAGCCAGGGAGCAGUAAACUGAGUGCUAACAGGCUCAGGGAAGCUGGAAAUUUGCCCCGUAGAGACUGCCACUCAGAAACGGCGGUCACACCCUGCAUAGAGGGAGGAGUGUCUGGAGCGGAUUGAAGCAGACCUAGGAGCUGUAGGAAGCCAGGCAGGGCAGGCAGGUAGGGCGGGGGGAGGAAAGAACAGAGCUGCUCGGUUGAUGAUUGCCCCACCCAGCCUUGGGGAAGCGGCCCCAGCAGGGCAGCGAAUGAGCAGAGCCCUUGGGUCACUGUGGGAGGGAGAGAUUGGACGAGCCACACCCUCGCAGGAGAAGUGCUGCGGGACCGGGCUGUCGGGCACAGAACAGAGGAGAUUUGGUUCCCACAGUGGGCGAGGGGCUGCAGGGCAGAGUGAGAGAGAGGACAGGAGAGAGGGAGCGGCAGUGAACAAACCGUGGAGGAGAGGGGGGCCUGACGCGCUAACCCCCAGGCUGAGCGGUGGGAGGCGCCAGACAAGAGCCUCAUCUAUCCGAGAAAAAGCAAGAAUGAUGAAGUGGGUCAAAAUAGGGCUCGGGAUCACUUGUGUCUUUUUCCUGGCCUUUGUCUAUAAACGUUCCCAGCCGUCUGGCUGCAUCUACCCAUGCCAGCCGUGUGCUGAGCUAUUCCCAAUGCAAAAGGAUGACGUGAGUCAGAGCAGCGGCAUCAUCUUUGUGGAGACCACCGACCGUCUUGAGCCUCCUCCGUUGGUUUCAUGUUCUGUGGAAUCUGCUGCCAGGGCCUACCCCAACAGACCUGUUCGUUUCUUCAUGAAAGGUCUGAAAAAUAACACAUCGAUGGAUUCAGUUUCCACUUCCCCAGCCUUUGCUCUUCUGUCUGCGAUGAAGAAUGUCUUCCUUCUUCCUCUCGACAUGGAAACUGUUUUCCAGGACACACCUCUGCUCCCAUGGUAUCAUAAGGUAAAUCCAGCCCAGGAGAGGUACUGGCUGCAUGUCAGCGCUGACGGUAUCAGGCUUGCACUCAUCUGGAAAAACGGUGGGAUCUACAUGGACACCGAUGUCAUCUCCAUCAGGCCUAUUUCACUAGAAGACUUCCUGACAGCCGAGGAUUUCCGGUUAGCCGGCAAUGCGAUUUUUGGCUUUUCUCGCCAUCACAAGUUCAUAUGGGAUUGUAUGAAGGAUUUUGUUCAAAACUACAGAGGAGACAUUUGGGGCCACCAAGGGCCCGGCUUACUGACAAGGAGGCUCAAGGCGUUGUGCCCCGUAACCAAUUUCCAUAAAGUGGAGGAUAUAAACUGUCUGAACAUUUCCUACUUACAUCCUCAGCGUUACUACCCCAUCCCCUACGUACAAUGGAAUCGGUACUUCCAGGUCUGGGAGAAAAGCGUCGACUUCAACAACUCCUAUUCUCUGCAUCUGUGGAACUACAUGAACCGGCAACACAAGCGUGUGGUUGCAGGAAGUAACACCUUAGUGGAAAAUCUCUUCAAAACAUACUGCCCCACCACAUACAAGGUCCUUAUUCAAGGCCCAGAAGGCAGCAGUCCAUAGGUAAGAAAAGAAGAAUGAAUGAUGGCAUCUAGCAGAAGAAGGUGACUCUUCCAGCCCUCAUGGACCUGCAACUAAAUAAAUUGUGCAUCACAUGCAUCUCUUCUGA